GAGUUGCUAAAAGUUGCUCGGAGGGCUCUCUGAUAGCUACUGAUUUUGACAACUUUUUGUGGUUUUCUCCUCUUCGCUCCGCAUCGGUCGUUUUGUAAGGAGUCCCAAGGGCUCUAAUCUGAAACUUUUGCCCCUUAGGAGUCCCACUGGGUUAUUAGGAGUUCCUGUGAUUUUUCUCCCCCUCCUGGAGAGAGGCUUUUUCUUUAACAAAGAGGAGGACCAGGAUUUGUGCAAUAGCUGCUCCAGAGAUAUUAUUCAGGGUAUUUCAGGCUCUGGUUGUUGUCAUGGAAAUGAUGCUCUCGGCGGCGGCGGCGGCGGCGGCCGGGAGUUGCUGCUCUGGUGAUGAAUGGCAGUAAUUUUCCUUCUUUAAGUAGGCUUGAAAAUAGGUGAUUUUGUUGGUACAAGUUAGUAGUACCUAAUGGAAACUACAGAGCAGGUUGAUUGGAUUUGGGCUGAGAGAGGAAAAUAACCGGGGGCAGCUACUGCAGGAGCUACAGAAGCAGCUCUGAGGAGCACAGUGGUAAUUGUUGGAAUGUGGCAUAUUGUAAUGAAAUGAGACAGGGGCUUCUCUAGGCACGUCUGCCCUGCAUCUGCUCUUCUCACAUUUACUCUUUUCCUUUUGGAGGUAAUAAAUUGUAAUCACCAACUUUAGUGACCCAGCACGUGUGUGUAGUUUUCCUCCUCUCUCAGUCUUGGUUUGGCGUAGAAAUUGCUUUUUUUUUUUCAUUUUUUAUUGUUAAUUAAAAUAACUCGUGGCUCUGGAGGAGUAGAACAAAGUCAUUUUUUAAAUUAUUGAAAUGAAAGUUCUUAGCAGAGAAAAGUUAUGUGAACGUUUUAAGUACCUCCUCGAGGAUGUAUUACAAAAGCAUUGGGAAAGGUAUUGUUUGGAAUGCUGAUAAUAGGUGGAUAUUUUUCUUCCGGUUAUAAAUCCCAAAAAUACCAUUUAUAAGUGUUCUAAGUCAAUAAUGAGGUUGGAAAUACCUGAAAUCUUUUUACACCCUCUCCAUCCUGAAAUAUAUCAGGAAAUAAACACAUAUGCUAUUUAACCAUUACAUUGGGGGCAACGAAUGCACACUUAUCUUAGCAAUUGUGAAACUUUUCAUAGAAAGCAAAAAAGCUGGAAGAAAUAAAAUCUGCUUAACUCGGAAUUUGAGUUUCAGUGUAACUAUUAACAGUAAUGUGCUAAAGUUAUUGUGGUUUAAUGAGAUGUUCAGAAUAAAUCAACCCAACCUCCAACCUGGCUACAUUUUACCCCACUCCCCUAUCCUGUCCCCAUUCACCCCCAGGAGUAUAUGUUUCCAGCAAUUCUCUUCCCUACUAUCCACCAAUGGACAAGGGUUAGAAACUCCACCUAGGACCCUAGCCACAAUGUUGCGUUUCAUGGCUUCUUCCAAAAGUUGCAAAGGGGAGGAAAAACCGGGGUGUCACUGGAGUCUGAAUUUGGGAAAGAAAGCCUCUUUGACAGGAGUAGUUAUCCUUUCCUAAUUUACAGCCCCCGAGGCUCUGUACUUCUGGCCCUGCCGGCUGCAAUCAAGGAGGAGUGUUACGUGUUUAAAGGCGCAGAGAGUGUAUCUAGGUAACCAGCGGUUUUGGGGGCGGAGAGGAGCCCUAGGGCGCUCAGCUUAGAGAGAAAAGCAGCCUCGUUCACAAGGGGGCUAACCCCAGAGACAAGGAAGGAACAAAACCUCGGAGCAAAGAGAUGAACCGCUCGCCUUCUCCACCGAGACCCUGGUGAAACUCAAUGGUAACGGAAUGGAACAGCGACGCUGAAAGUGUCUCCGCGGUUAGAAACCACUUGGAGACUCGUCCAUCAGGCUUCACCAGUUUAGCGGGAGUGGGGGAGAAGAGAAAGAUUUUGAGAGAUGAUAUUAAAGAUAAGCAAAAAAUAAUGAAAAAGUGAGGCGUCCAAUGCGGAACGAGAUAAGUAAUCAACCAACCAGACAAAAACCUAGCCCAACACCACUGCAGCGUGGAAGUCGGAAGAUGUCACUCUUAAUGUCGAUUCCUUAGCGUCUGACUGGUUUCAUUGUCCGGCUGAAGACCCAGCUGGUCUCACUGUGAACUUUACUCUCUCCCCUGCGGUGCCUAACGCUGACAGAACCCAGUUCGGAAGAGCGCCGCCAGCCCAGCGCCACUUCUCAGACUGGAACCAGUGACGACCACAGCAGCUUCACAGUCGCCACCCCGCUGGGCCCAACUCCCCCUCCUCAGCCUCUGUCUGUAGCCUCCUCCGGAGAGACCACCAGCCCCAACAUUCAGCGCACAAGAUUCCCUCCAGAUAUGCCCUGCGUGCAAGCUCAAUAUAGCCCUUCACCUCCUGGUUCUAGUUAUGCCGCGCAGACGUAUGCUUAUGGAUCCGAGUACGCCUCAGAGAUCAUGAACCCGGAUUAUGCCAAACUGAACAUGGACUUAAGCAGUACUGAAAUCACAGCCAGAGCUACCACCUCCCUGCCCAGCUUCAGCACCUUCAUGGAGGGUUAUUCUGGGAGUUAUGAAUGCAAACCCUCUUGCCUAUACCAAAUGCAGCCGUCGGGUCCCCGGCCCCAAGUCAAGAUGGAAGAUUCCCGGGGGCACAGUUAUCACCAUCAUUCGUCCAUUCCGCCGCCUUCCUCCCCCUCUGAAGAGGAAGUGAUGCCCAGUACCUCUAUGUACUUCAAGCAGUCUCCCCCUUCCACCCCGACCACGCCCAGCUUCCCCACGCAGCAGACGUCCCUGUGGGACGACACACACCAGCUGCAGGCCACCCAGACUUGCCUCCCAACAAGUCACCUGAUGGAUGCCCCAAUGAAAACCGUGCCAGCUGCCGCCCGCUUCCCUCUGUUCCCCUUCAAACAUUCGCCACCUCACCCUCCAACCCCCGCCGCGGUGGGUGGCCACCACCUCUGCUAUGAUCUCAGUCUCCAGCUAGGAGUCGCAGACCGGGCUGCUGCUAGUGGUCAGCCAGCCCCCAUGGAGGGCCACCCUUAUGGGCUACCGCUGACCAAGAGGGCUGCCGCCUUGGCUUUCCCUCAGCUGAGUCUGACACCUACUCCUGCUGCCGCUUCAGCGGGAUCCAGUCUGCUAGGAGAGAGUACCAGCCUCCCAUCACCUCCCAGUAGGAGCUCCUCCUCCGGUGAGGGCACUUGUGCUGUGUGUGGGGACAACGCAGCGUGCCAACACUAUGGUGUGCGCACCUGCGAGGGCUGCAAGGGUUUCUUCAAGAGAACAGUGCAGAAAAAUGCAAAAUACGUUUGCCUGGCAAAUAAAAAUUGUCCAGUAGACAAAAGACGUCGAAACCGAUGUCAAUACUGUAGAUUUCAGAAGUGUCUCAAUGUCGGCAUGGUUAAAGAAGUUGUCCGUACUGAUAGUCUAAAAGGAAGAAGAGGUCGGCUGCCUUCCAAACCAAAGAGCCCUUUACAGCAGGAACCUUCUCAGCCCUCUCCACCUCCUCCUCCAAUCAGUGUAAUGAAUGCCCUUGUCCGAGCUUUAACGGAUUCAACUUCCAGAGACCUGGAUUAUUCCAGAUACUGUUCCGGUGAUCAGGCUGCAGCAGGCACUGAUGCAGAACAUGUACAACAAUUCUAUAACCUUCUGACAGCCUCCAUCGAUGUAUCUAGGAACUGGGCUGAAAAAAUUCCAGGAUUUACGGAUCUCCCUAAAGAAGAUCAGACUUUACUAAUAGAAUCUGCCUUUUUGGAGCUAUUUGUACUCAGACUUUCCAUCAGAUCUAACACAGCUGAAGAUAAGUUUGUAUUCUGCAAUGGACUUGUGCUUCAUAGACUUCAGUGCCUUCGUGGAUUUGGGGAAUGGCUCGAUUCAAUUAAAGACUUUUCCUUAAACUUAAAGAGCCUUAACCUCGACAUCCCCGCCUUAGCAUGCUUAUCAGCUCUCAGUAUGAUUACAGAAAGACAUGGGUUAAAAGAACCAAAGAAAGUGGAAGAGCUAUGCAACAAGAUUACAAGUAGUCUGAAAGAUCAUUUGGCUUUUGGAUGCCAGACUAAAGGACAACCUCUUGAGCCUGCAGAACCCAAGGUACUGGGUGCCCUCGCUGACUUACGUUCUCUCUGCACACUGGGACUCCAGCGCAUCUUUUACCUGAAACUGGAAGAUUUGGUUCCACCCCCUUCUAUUAUUGACAGGCUCUUUCUGGACACUCUGCCCUUCUAAAUUUGGAGAUUAACCAAUGGAUCACUAUUGCUUUUCUGAGCAAGGAAACAGAUUGUUAAUCACAGCUAGUAUUUCUGCCCUCGCUUAAGACAAAAGCAGCUCCAGUGUUAAACAAGGACUUAGUUACUGGCACGGUUCCUCAAGACCUGAAGCCAGAAGACAUAACAGCUUAUUGUGUUGGGGUUGUGUUUUAUAGUCUUUUUUGUGUGAUUUGUUGGGGUUUUCUAAGAUAUUGCUAAUAAAGCACUUUUGGACGAUGCUAUCCCAGCAGGAAAAAAAAAAGUUAAUAUGAUUGUUUUCAAUCUCUUUAUGGGGAAUAAAGUUGUAGAUGCUUUGUAUUUAAAACAAGAACAACAAACAGUUGUUUGCCAGGGUAGUAUGUGUCUUGUGAUUGAUACCUUUAGAAUAUACUUCCUGUAUCAUGGGCACAUAUGUGGUGCAAACUAAACAGAAAACCAUUUUUUUGAAAUUACAUGAAAUUGAGAAUUUCAUAUGACUCAAAUAGAGCAAAAAUAAUUAUGGCUGUUAGCUUCCACAUUCAAGUGCCAUUUUUAAAGUGCUGUCUUACUAAGUCUUGUUUAUUAACUCUAAUUUAUUUUAAUAUGGAAAUUAAAAAAGAAGUCAAGUUUUUUAAAUUUCAUGCACUAAUUUUCACCACAGAGGCUUCAUCUAAUUCACCUAAAAUAAUAGAUUGUGAUGUUCAGGUCAAGAUUUUUCAUCUGUCUUCAUGAUAGAAUUCAAUGCACCUAGUUAUUUGAAAAACAGUCUAUUCAACAACCUAAAGAAAUUUGAAAAUAUGAGACUGAUCACAUGCAACUGAUUUGAUGCUAUCAUAUUGACUCAACCAGAGUUUCCCAAACUUGCAUUAAUGUAAUGUCUAACCAACAAAUGUACUUGAAAAACAGAGGGACAUUUUGUGAUUCAUCUGAGCACUUGUUCCCUAGAUAAGGAAGUAAAUGUAAGUAGUCAUUGGAUCAUACAGGGUGAACAUCAGGGAUAGUAAGCUUUUUUUUAAUAUAAUCUAGAUAUCAAAUUAGUAAAAAACAAAAGUAAAAAAAUUUUAAAAAACAAAAAAAAAACAGAUCUGAGACAAUUUUCAAGAACAAGCAAGCCUUGUAAAAAUCGUAUGAAUGUAAGUGCUUAAGAAGGCAUAGUGAGCGGGCUGCGAUUAAACAUUCCGUGUUCGUAUUCCCUUUUUGUAUGUUUAUACUGUUGAUGCCAUAUUAAUAUGAGAUAAUUUGUUGCAUAGUGUUCUUCUUUGUAUAAACGUUUGUAUGCAUGGUAUAUUGUUAUAGCUUUGCCUGUAUUUAUUGCAGUGACUGCCAGCUCCUGGGAGCUGUGUUACAUACAGAGUGAUCAAGUGGGGUGUUCACAGUGGUUUGGAUACACCAAUUAGAAAACUAUAAAUAUAUAUAUAUAUAUACAUAGGACAAGUUAUAUAUACAUAUAUUUAUAUUGUGUCUUUUUAUUAAUUAACCAUUUGUAUAUUAUAUGUCACUUAAACAUACAGUUCUUUUAUGGUUUAUUUGCAGUGACUUUUAAGACAGUCCUUACUGUUUAGCACUUUGAUAUUACAAUCUUGCUCAUGUUUUGCUAAAUUCAAAUAAUAUUUGAAGAUUUUUAAGCCUAAAACUCUUUAUAUUAUAUGCACUAUAUCAAGUCAAAUUUUCUUUCAUCAUUUUGCUAAGGAACAAACUUUGAAUGUCAACCUGAUGUCACCAUAGCUUUUGUUAGCUUUAAACAAUUUUGGCUUUAUUCUUUUAAAGAAAAAAAAACCUAUGUUGUUUAUAUGGAGAUUUAAAUUAUACAAUCAAACAAAUGCCAAAUGAAUUGCCUAUUUGCUGCAAAGGAUAACCCAGAUGUAUGAUUUGUCAUAAUCAUCUGAUAUUUUAAUCAUUUAUUAUGUUUGUAUUUACUUUUAUGAAAGGUUAUUAUCAAGACUUAUAGCAUGGUCAUUAGGAAAACAUACUUUUAAUCAUUACAGUUAAUAUUCUUAUCUGAAGAUAACACUUAGAAAACUAUUGCUAUCUUCAGAUCAUCUGAAGAUAAACCUCUAGGACAGUAUUGUUUUUUGCAUUGACUUUUGAGCUUAUAUGCAAACAUAAUAAACAUUACUAAAUAUCAGGAAAGUUAAUGUCUCUUAGUGUCAGACUAAGUUUAAAAUGGUUUUGAAUGAAUUGGAAAUUUUGCAUACACACAUCAUUAUUAGUAUUCAGAGUGAAUUGUUAACAUCAUAUAUUUCAUACCAAUUGGGCUCACCAAAAGUUUACUGAAUAAGAUCUAUGGUUUAGAAAGAGCAAACAAGCUUCCAGUUUGGGGUUCAGAUCCUGGUGCUGAGCUGAAUGUGGCCAGUGUACUAUAGUCUUCCACAAUUAUUUUUAACUCCAAUAUCUCCCAACUCAUCUAGUCCACCUUUAUUGACAUUGACAGACUUGUUUGUGCAGAAUGAAUGAUCAAUGAGAGAUCACUAGAGAAAAAAAAGAGACAGCAGAUGAUUCUUCCCCUUUUUAGAGCUCUCUCGGUGUGAACAUGCCUUCAGUAGGCUGAAAUCAGGAAUAUGCCAGCUGUUAAAGGAGAGUGCCUUGCUUUUCUUUCAGACGACAGAGUGUUUCAGAAGUUUCUCUGCUCUACUAACAGCAGUGAUUUGUGUGUGUGUGUGUGUGUUAACCAGUAGGUUGAAAGAAAUGCUCUUGUACAUUAAUGAUGUAAAUUAAAAUUAUUAAAUCAAAUUACAUUUUAUCA